AUGAACGAGGCUCCGUUUCCAUCUGCAAACAUCGUCUUGCCUUUAGGAGAAGAACUGGUGAAACGCUGCACGGUGACAUCCCCGACCAAGUGCGAGCCUUGCGAUGAGAAUUACUACAACGACGCCUAUACCUACUCACGGUGUAAACCUUGCACCGACUGUAACACUGACCGAGGCCUCCAGGAGAUAAGACCAUGCCAGAGGACUUCAAACGCUGUCUGCACCUGUCUUCCUGGCCAUGCUCCCAAAGAAAACCAACUUGAGGAGAAAAGAUGCAAACCCUGUCCCAGAGGGUAUUUUUCCAAAGGAGGGAACAUGAAAUGUCGCCCUUGGACCAAUUGCACAGCCAGCGGCAGCCAAACCCUACGGCCCGGGAAGCAGGAUGAGGAUGCGAUUUGUGACACACCAUCCAGCAAGAUUCCCACCCAGGGCACCAUCCCGCAACCCACUCCCUUUCCAAAGACCCCUGUCCUCACCAUGGAGCUGGAUUCCUCUCCGACGGUUGUGCCUACAAAUCCAGGAUUUGUAUGGAUUCUGAUCACCUUGGUCCUCCUGCUGGCCGUAGCUGGGGCCUUGGUCCUCCUGUUCUCUUAUCGCAGGACGAAGAAAAAGAAACUGGACAUUUUGCGCAACGAGAUUUAUGCCAUCCCUUGCAAGGAAGAGAACGAUUUUCGAAUGCCAAUCCAAGAACAAGAAGUCGGGGAUAAAUCCGAAUUUGUUCAGGGCUGACCUUAAUGUUGAUCUCUGAGGCUAUUUCCAGUUUCCAGGAUUCUGCAACCUUAUUUGCUCCGUUGUGAGCUUCCAUAUCGGGCUUUGCAUCGUUUCUUCCCUCAACUGGCUUACAGAGGCAGAGCCUCCCUUCGGUAGACGUUCCACAACUUCUAGCCUCAGACACGGUGGCUGGCCUUUCAGAGAAUUAGCUCUGCCACAUCUGAAGGGCUUGGGUUUGUCCACAUGUUGCAUGCUACCCAGUCCAGAUGUUGGAGCGAAUUGCAGCCCAGUAACUUUGGAAGACAUUAAGGUCGAGGUGGUUAUAACGGCGACUGCUGAAGAUGCUACAGUUGAAGCUUCAACAUCCUAGAUUAGCUAUGGAGUCCUGGGCAAACUUCAGGUUGACUCUGAGUGUUCCUUGCA